AAAAUAUAUCCGCUUUAACUUGCACGAUGGGUGUCACCGGAUUACUACCUGACGUGACUAUUAACGGAUUAAGUAUAAUACAGCAAAAAGCAAAGAGAAAGAGCAUUGAAGUGCUCACUAGGUUCACAAUAAAUAAAAAGUGUCUAGUGGAUGCUUCUGCACUAGUUCAUCUUGCGAUAGACCAUUGCACACAUCACAAUUAUAUGAAUGUAUUGGAAUUGGCAAGAUGUAUACAUGUUCACAAAAAUGGUGGUGCUACUGACGCUGUGGAGAAGCAAAUAGAAAGUACCUUCCGCUUGUUUGGAGAGACUUGUAGAAGUCUCUCGUGAGAGCCGAAUUUUGUCUUCAAUGGCAAUAUUCCUCCUGCGAAGCAGAAUGAGCAUGCAUAGCGUAUGAAGGAUGCUGCCUCUGCAUUUAUAAAGUGGCAAGCUCUCGACGAGAACGGAGAAGGCGCGAGCAAGGUCGGUGUGAAGUAUUUAGCAGCGGCAGCCACGAGUACGUGGGAUCACACGCGUACAGAAAAUGACUGUUGGUUGACUAUGAGCUGCCCUUACGUUGUUACUUCAUAUGAGGCAGAUUCACAGCUGGCUUACUUAUGCAGGAAACAGCCGAGCUGCUCCAUUGUUGCGAUGAGCGAUAACGAUCUCUUACUUUAUGAAGGGGUAAGUGUUUGCUUUGAUUUCACGAAAGAAGCGGCUAGAAAAACACCAACAACAUUUGCAGUGGGAAUAGUUGCACAACAACAUGUGCACGCAUAUUUUAGUGACGUGGGUUUAAAUUAUGCAUCUUUUAUGGCUUGAUGCAUUGUAAGAGGCUGUGACUACACCAGACAUUUACACGUAAAAGGUGCACCACUUAGUGGAUUUUGCAUUCAAGCGUUUACUGAUGCAAUUACAGACGACGAUCAUCAUGGGCCUCUAGCACUUUACACUUCCGUACAACGAUUGAUAGAACAUGGAUUAACCAUGGUCAAGAACCCACUCGUGUAUAACAAAUGCAAGUCUGCAUUUACAUCGGCUGUACUUGCAUACUUUCACAGUUGGGUAUUUGAUAGUGAAGAAACGAAAUGCAUUGCUCUAACAGGUGAUAAUAGCGUAGCCGAAGACAAUGUCGAAUAUCUGGGUAAGAGAAUAGAUAAAACGAUAGUUGUGACUGCAUAUGCUCGCGGUGAAUACAAUCCUUUCGUGGGUGAAAGCUGUGCAAUAGAAGCAAAGGGUGUAUGACCACGACCUGCUAUAUUUCAGCAUAUAUAGACAGUAAUCAGUCGAAAAGAAUGGAGCAAGCUACCACAUAUUUCUCCUGAUAGUAUGCUCGAAUUUUUGGUCGAGCUGCGUAUUUGAAGGGAAGAAAUCGUAACGCAUCACACAUAUCAACAGCAAACACACAAAACGAGCCUUCUGUCGUAGCUGUAGCACUUUGGAACUCUACAUACAAAUGUAUGACUAUUUCAG